AUGAAAUUCAGACUCCCGCCAUUUGGAUUUCGAGAGAGAUUAGCGAAGAAAUCAGCAAAACAGCGUAGUGACCAAGUUGAUGAGCAACUCCUCGAAUACGGCCGUCAAGAGAGAAGACAGUCUCUGUCUCUCUUGACUGGAAAGGGAACUUUCCACGAUAUCUUAAUUCUAGGUCGACGUGGAUCCGGGAAGUCUACCGUGAUAAAGCUCUUUAGACUUGAGGAUGGAGGUUUUUCUGAUGACGAAAAAGAAGCCCAGAAGGCACUCAUUCCGAGUCACAUUAUCACAUUUACCAAGGUUAUCUUGGAUAACUUUCUUGAGGAAGAUAUUAUCCUCAGUGAAAUCCUUCAUUCAUAG